UUGAAUUGUUUUCGUGUUCAUGUUGUUCUGAUGUUGGUUCAAAACGUCUUCAGCACAUUUGGAACCCUCUUACAGAUGCUGUGAUACAGAUUAAGCUGAAUAAUAAUGGAUAAUGUUUCGUUUGUGAGAGUUUUAACUCUGUCAGGCUUCAACGAGACGUCUAACUACAGAAUGACUCUUUUUACUCUCACUUUGCUCUAUUACUGUUUGAUUCUGUUCUGCAACAUCUGCCUCAUCACCAUCAUUAUACUGGAUGAAAACCUGCAUGAACCUAUGUAUGUGUUAUUGUGCAGCUUUUUCAUUAACGGACUUUAUGGGACCACAGGUUUCUACCCCAAGUUUCUUUCAGAUCUACUCUCGUCUUCUCCAGAAAUCUCAUAUGAAGGCUGUCUUUUGCAGGCGUUCAUCAUGUACUCGUUCGCUUGCUGUGACUUGUCUAUUCUGGCAGUUAUGGCUUACGACAGGUAUCUGGCCAUAUGUCGACCACUGCACUAUCACUCUCUGAUGUGUAAGAGGAGGCUCGCUCUGCUGGUUUGUUUCUCCUGGUUAACGCCGCUCUCUGCGUUUGCCAUCAACGUUCUGCUCUCGUCCAGGCUGAAGUUAUGUGGCUCAAACCUGCACAAAGUCUUCUGUGUGAACUGGGUAAUCGUUAAACUCGCCUGUUCGGACGCCGACACGGUGCCAAACAGUUUGGUUUCAUAUGUCAUCAUAAUAGUCUAUGUGCUGCAUGGCGUUUUCAUAGUGUGGACCUACAUGCAUCUGGUCAAAAAGAGUGUGAGGUCUAAAGAUGACAGGGUGAAGUUCAUGCAGACAUGUGUGCCCCAUUUAAUUUCCCUGUCGACAUUCCUUGUGAUCAUCGUGUUUGAUUUGAUGUACAUGCGUUUCGGCUCCACAGAUUUGCCACAGGGCCUUCAAAACUUCAUUGCGAUAGAAUUUCUCCUCAUUCCGCCGCUCAUGAAUCCUCUCAUAUAUGGAUUCAAACUCACCAAAAUACGGAACAGAAUUUUGUACAUCAUUCAUUCUGGAAGAAAGUAACUUUGUCUCAUCCACCACUUUAUUAGGUACAAAUAACAAGUGAAUUGGUCGGCGAGUGUAUAUAAUUUGUAUCAAUUCACCCUGAUUAAAUAUUUAUCUAAAAUGACUGGUACACACCAGAGACUGUACCAUUAAACUUUUUUUUUGUUAAUUUCAUUGUUUGUUCAUUGUUUUAAGGGAAUUUAGAAAAAUCCCUUA